CUACGGAGCACUAGAAGGCACCUUCCAAUGCAUUGCGAAACAGUCGAAGCCAUCUAUACCACAAAAAUAGACACUGCACAGAGUGAUGCGCUCUCCAGCACAAAGUGAAAACUUCUGUAAGCAGCAAAGAAAAGAAAAACAGAGUUAAGUCGCUAAGCAAAGCUGGAGAAAAACUGCCUGUGUUUACACCUCCUUAUGGAGUAACCCUGAGGCUGAGGAAAGUCGUGCCUUAAGUACGACUCGCCACUUCCGUGCGAAGAGCGCGAGACAGCGCUAGAACGUACACACGCUACCUGUGGGCACAUCCGCCUUCAUACAGAACAAGUGCGGGCGCUGGAGAACGCGACGUUGUGCUCAGUUGUUGAGGGAAGCCUGGCUGUGGUUACGGAUGAGUGAAUAGCUUACUGUACGUUUACUGCUUUACAGAGCCUUCCACUGCAUCAUGUGCUCUGGAAAUUUUUUCUUUUUCUUCGCCGAAACGUUCUAGCUCGUCACUGCAAUCACUUGGUUUCUGAAGAAACACAGACAAGGAUAACAGCACGUUUUUGAAGGAAGGGGGUGCUUUAUGCACGGAUUACUAUUUAAGGAUAGAUGCCUGAAAUUGGCAAGCAUCAUCAUGUAGGUUUUGUGCUUGCAGCAUUGAACUUGCACAUCUCAAGCAACAGCAUGCAUUAGCAGUCAGUAUGCCACUCUGACUUGUUAGAGGGAUUGAAUUUCUACAGGAUGCAAGAAUUCUUAUUGGAUAUUUCAUCAGCUGUUUCAUACAAGGCCAUGAAAUGCUAAAGAAUUUAUUUAAGGUUUGGAGAAUAACAAUGUAAUUCCUUUGACCUGAUGGAUACUACUGGAAAAACCUGCUCCCAUGUGAUGACUGCUGGAAUCUCGACAGCAGGGGAAUUGGCCCUUGACCCCCUUGUCACCUGUAAACUCUGCCUCUGCGAAUACUCCCUGGACAAGGUCAGCACACUACAGGAAUGUAACUGCGUCUUCUGCACACCGUGCCUAAAACAGUAUGUGCAGCUUGCUAUCAAAGAGGGUUGUGGAUCCGUGAUCACAUGUCCAGAUAUGAUGUGCCUGAAGCAUGGGAUAUUGCAGGAGUCUGAGAUUGCCUGCUUGGUGCCCACCCAGCAACUGGAGCUGUACCAGAGACUGAAGUUUGAAAAAGAAGUCCAUUUGGAUCCAUGUAGAACUUGGUGUCCUUCAGCAGACUGUCAGACUGUUUGCCUUGUUGAACCAAAUGAGUUGGGAAAGCCGGUACCAGUGGACUGUCCUACGUGUUAUUUGAAGUUCUGCUCAGCUUGUGAGGCUGCCUGGCAGUCUGAGCACGAGUGUAAGGAGUAUUCAGCACUCACAGUGUCACAUGACUAUGGCGUUGUACUCAGCAAGGAUCCAGAAGCACUUAUUAAGCAGUGCCCAGCGUGCCGGGUCUACAUUGAGAGGAAUGAAGGCUGCGCACAGAUGAUGUGUAAGAACUGCAAGCACACGUUUUGCUGGUACUGUCUUCAGAACCUCGAUAAUGACAUAUUCUUAAGGCAUUAUGACAGAGGGCCAUGUCGCAACAAACUUGGGCAUUCUCGAGCUUCAGUGAUGUGGAACAGGACACAGGUGGUUGGAAUUCUGGUGGGCUUAGGCGUAAUAGCUCUAGUUACUUCUCCACUGCUCCUGCUGGCAUCUCCCUGCAUCAUCUGCUGUGUCUGCAAGUCUUGUCGGAGUAAGAAGAAGAAGAAAAAGCCACAAGAUCCAGCAGCCACUUAAGUGUAAAAAAAGUGGCAAAUGAGGAGUUGUAGAGUUUGUGCUUUGGAGCCUGUCAAGACAAACCAGUUUCACUACAAUUCUAUUGUGGGACAAGUGCCUCCCUCAUCUGUGCCACAAAUGUACAUGUAGGACUGGUGGAAAGGGUUAUGCUGCUUUUUCUUUGUUACGUCUUUCUAGGUUUCUGCUGUCAAGCUGUUCCAUGCAGACUACUUGAAAACAUGAAAGAUCAAUAAAAGGACAUGUGAAAAUGAAGUUUAUGUAUGCAACUGGUCACUUUUUACCAACGUUAUAUUAUGCUGUUUUACUUGUCUGUGUUGAGAUCUGUGAAAUACCAUGUAACCAGAUUUUGGUAAAAUACUGAGUAGAGUAUUCUUUUCUGUCAAGAGGUGUUUUACUUCUAUGCAUGGAUAUGCUCAUUUAGUCUUCAGAAGAGGAUUGUGCAACAGAAGACAAUGUUAAUCGUUUUCUGCUGUGUCACUUCACUUGUUCCAGUACUGGAUGCCAAGUUUACCAUUCUUGUAGUAUUUUUUGAGAUAUUUUCCAGCACCUUCACCCAACAUGCAGUUUCUGUCUCAAACACACACACACGCACACACACACAUGCAAGCGGACACAGUUACUGUUUCCAUAUUUAACCCACAGUAUAAAACAUUGGGCUGCUGUAUUGCUUAGAAUAAAUAUGGCAUAAAACAAUAUUUUUCACAUCCUUUGUGGGUGUGAACUAUUUCAACAUGUUUUGUAGCAUGUCCUGUGUAAGCCAAGUUCAUGUAGUGCCAUUUUAAGAAGCAUGUAAAAGGUCAAGCAAGCUCUUAGUCAGGCUGUUCCUCCCAUGUGCCUUAUUAAAGGUCAGACCUGCCAGCUGUAGCUGGCUGUCAUAGAAGGGUAUCUUUGUAUGUAAGAAUUUGGCAUAGUUGAGUGCCAGCCUUUCCACUAGGAAUGCUAAUGGCACUUUUAUAAUGCUUCACAGAUUUCUGUCCCACUAUUUUGGUUUGACAAAGUUAAAUGGUUAAGGCAAAGUCUGAAUGAUUGUAUGUGGUAGGCAGAUAGCUGAGGCUUUGGUUCUCAUAUGUAAACAGUACUGGUCCAAGAGCCAGAAAGAACUAUAUUUUGUUUAAAGAGGGAGAACUUCCAUGAGAGACAACAUUUGUGUGAUUUUGUUGUGGACAUGUAACCAUGCAGCCUUCAGCCUUCUUUAAUGCUGUUGAUCAAAUUCAUUCACUAACCAGAGAAAAAUUCCUGUUUUAAAUGACAGUUCAUUACAGUACAUGCAGAAUAUGAGCAUGACUUAAUGUACUGAGGUUAUGGUGAGCUACCAUACAGAAUUGUGCAGCUUGCUUCUCUGUGUGAUUAACAAACGUGUCAUGAAUAUCUGUAGGCCAAAGCUCUUUAAACUAGUGCAAUCUUAAACAGAAGUAUGUAAAUUGUUAAGCAUAAUAAAGGAAAUAAAUCAUUUUUAUUUUUAAAA